AUGCCUGAAAAUGAAAAUCCAAGUUUCACGGCUGAAGAAAAAGAGGCAGCAUCUUUUUUGAGAGAAAGAUUCUUAUUACUCAUUGCCUCACUACCUGCUAAACCUUGCAAAAUAGGGCUGUUUCAGAAGGCUGAAGCGACAGCUCAAAUACGUGCUUUCGAUCAAACAUUUGAAAAUGUGAUUGUUGAAGACUUGAAGCCACCGAACACUGAGAAUAUCAUAUCCAAGGGAAUUUUGCGGACUAGUGAUAUCUUAACCAUAACUUAUGAAAAUAUAUAA